UGCCGGCUCCCCCCGUCUGAGAGAGAAUCGCAUGAUCCCAGAGCCAGCGAGGAUGGCUGACAGCAAGGUCCAGGAGGCCUCGGUGGUGGCCUGCCCCAAGCCUGGGGAAGACGCGCUGCCACUGCCGCCGCCGCCUGUCCAGGACGAGCUGCCCCCACCGCCCCCCAAGGAAGCCUUCUCCAAGUUCUACCAGCAGCGCCAGGCCAACGAGCUCCGGAGGCUCUACCGCCACAUCCACCCCGAGCUCCGGAAGAACCUGGAGGAAGCCGUGGCCAGGGACUUGGCGGAGGUCCUGGAGACGGAGGAGCCCACGGAGGGCGACGUCCAGUCCAUGCGCUGGAUCUUUGAGAACUGGAGUCUGGACGCCAUCGGGGAGCACCAGCUUGGGCAGAGGCUGGUGGAGGGCGAGGCGGUGCCUGGCGGGGACGUGCGGGCCACAUCUAGGAAGUUCGAGGAGGGCUCCUUUUCUCCCAAGGACCCGUCGCCAGCCAAGCCGGGGCCUCUCCAAGGGGAUGUUCGGACAGCCCGGUGGCUAUUUGAGACUCAGCCCAUGGACACGCUGACUGGUGAGACGGACAUACAGAAAGCCGUGCUGCGAGAACCCCCGCCUGCGGGAGACGUCCGGGGCACCAGGACCCUCUUUGAGACAAGGCCACUGGACAGCCUGGGCAGCCGAGCCUCUGUGCAGGAGCAGAGCCCCCUGCAGCUGCGCUCAGAGAUCCAAGAACUGAAGGGAGACGUCAAGAAGACGGUGAAGCUGUUCCAGACAGAGCCCCUGUGCGCCAUCCAGGACGCCGAGGGCGGCAUCCACGAGGUCAAGGCCGCAUGCCGGGAGGAGAUACAGAGCAACGCGGUGAGGACAGCCCGGUGGCUCUUUGAGACACGGCCCCUGGAUGCCAUCCAUCGGGACCCGAGCCAAGUGCGCGUGAUCCGAGGAAUCUCCCUGGAGGAGGCGGCUCGCCCUGACAUCAGCAACACCCGCUGGCUCUUCGAGACGCAGCCGUUAGAUGCCAUCCGAGAAGUCACCAUUGACGAGAAAGACUUCCAGCCUUCCCCGGACCUCGUUCCCCCCGGCCCGGACGUCCAGCAGCAGCGGAUGCUCUUUGAGACCCGGGCCCUGGACACCCUGAAGGGGGAGGAGGCCACUGAAGAGGACGCCCCGGCCAAGGAGGAGGUGCUGGGAGGGGACGUCCGCUCGACGCUGUGGCUCUUUGAGACCCAGGCCCUGGGGGCUCCCAGCAGCGAUGUCCAAGUAGGGCGGCUGCAGCAAGUCGGGCAAGGAGAGAGCGAGAAAGGGGACGCCAAGCCGGAGACAUGCGCCACCAUCAGUGCCUCCGAGGUGGCUGGGGACAAGGGCGGGAAGGGAGACGUGAAGGCUUUCAAGAGACUCUUUGAGACCCUUCCCCUGGACAGCAUCGGGCAGGAGAAGUCCCUGGGCUCUGCGGACCAGGAUAAGCUGAAGGGGGUGGUGCCUGCCGGACAGGUCCAAGCCAAUCAGGCCCUGUUUGAAGAAUGGCCGCUGUACGCCAUUCAGGAUGGCCAAGGCGGCCUCCACGCUCUCACGUCGGUCAGCAGGGAACAGGUGGUUGGCGGUGACGUUCAGGGCUCCAGGUGGAUGUUCGAGACGCAGCCCCUGGACCAGCUGGGCCAGGAUCCGGGGAAGGUGGAUGUGAUCCGCGGUGUCACCCGCCAGGAAGUGAUGGCCGGGGACGUGAGCAGCGCCCGCUGGCUUUUUGAGACGCAGCCCCUGGAGGUCAUCCACCAGCAGAAGAAGGAGCGAGAGGAGAAGGAGAAGGAGCCCCCCGCGGCGGUGGACCCGAGGCGUACCGUCCAGACCGUUCGCUGGCUUUUCGAGACGCAGCCCAUCCACGCUUUGGCCCAGGAGCCAAGGCCGGAGGUCCCAGGCUCCAGUCCUCAGGCCAAUGUCCGGUCCUGCACAUGGCUGUUUGACACGCAGCCCCCAGAGGGCCCCGAGAGCCCCAGAGAGCAGCACCUACAGGUCAGACAGACCUCCCUCCCCUCCAGAGACCCCCAGAUGGAAGCUCACAUCUUCGACACGGAGCCCUUGCUCCCCGCUCCCAGCUCUGGGGGGAAGGACCCCAUCCAUUACUGUAGCCGGGUAGAGAUUCCGGUUGGUCAGGUCUCACGAAGGAAAGAGGCCUUUGAGGCCCCAGCUGGGGCGGGGGGCCAGAAAGAGCAGCAGGGCCCCCCUGAGCCAGUGAGGGAAGGCUCAGUCCGCAAGUUCACCUGGCUCUUUGAGAACUGCCCCAUGGACUGCCUAGAAAAGGCAGCCAUGGAGGGCAUCCAGGAGAUGCCCCCCGACAAAGACGCUGCCUCCACCGCCCAGGCAGGCAAGAGGUUUGUCUUUGAGACCCUUUCCCUGGGGGACCUCCCGGACGAUGUGGACGAGACAGAGCUGUGGAGAAUUGAGAGGAAAGCCCCGGCCGAGGGUCCCGGCUCCUCCCAGACCCUCCGCUUCGAGAGCCAGCCACUGUACGUGCUGCCGGACCGCCAGGGCCAGCUCCACGAAGUCACGGCCGUGAAGAAGGAGGAAGUGCAGAAGGCAGAUGCCCGGGGUGCCCGCUGGGUCUUUGAGACGAGGCCCUUAACCCAGCAGCCGGGAGCCGCAGAGGAGAUCUUCGUCAUCCGAGCUGUGACCCAGGAGGACAUCUGUCAGGGCGAGCUCAAGGCGGCCCGCUGGAAGUUUGAGACGGAGCCCCUGGAGCUGGGAACGAGCCCGAGGAAGGCCAAGGGGGCCGGUGGGGCACCUCGGUACCUGCGCACUGUGAGCUUGAGCGACGUGCGCCAGGGGGACGUCCGCACCUCCACAUGGCUCUUUGAGAACCGGCCCUUGGACUCCCUGAAGGGUGGCCAGGCUGAAGAGAAUGGGGAGGCCCCCUGCGUGGGGGCCCCAGCCCAGGCGGUCAGGAGACAAGACAGCUGCCGAGGAGACGUCAAGCGCUGCACGUGGCUCUUUGAGACGCAGCCCCUGGACCAGCUCCAGGACCCCCAGGAAGAGGUGCCCAGGGAGAAGCCGCCGCAGGCUGACGUCAAGAGCACCACGUGGCUUUUUGAGAGCACCCCCCUAGACCAGCUCCAUGAGCCUGCCCCCCAGGAGGAGCGGCCCCUCGAGCAAGUGCCCCAGGCCAACGUGAAGGGCACCACCCGCCUGUUUGAGAGCAAGCCCCUGGACCACUUGAAUCCCCGGCCCGAUGGAGAGCCAGAGCCCAGAGAGACGGCAGCGGAGGAGACCCUGAGGAUGCUGGGCAGCAGCCCUGGCCUCCUGCAAAGAGGGGGCAUCCUCAUCGAAGCCCACGGGGCCCGCACUGUCCGAAUGGCCAAAUACCAGCUGCCCGGCCCCGGCAAGGAGCAGCCCCAGGUGCAAAAGGAGGAGGUGGUCCUGGGCCAGCUGCCCAGAAUUCUCUCCCGCGUGAUGCGAGGGCCCGACGUGGCCCCACAGGGGCUUCUGGUGCAGGAGGACGAGGCCGGUCUCUUUAAGCUGGAGCCCCUGGAGCUCUCGGCCCUAGUAGACGACUGCGGACACAAGGUCUGGGACCUGCUGGCCCAGAGCAAUGCUGGAGCUAGAACUGGGCUGGUGAUCCAAGAGACCGAGCAGCACUUGGUAAAGCUGGUUGUCUACUCGAUCCGGCUCCGGCUGGGGACUCGGGCAGCAGAGAAGGGCAACGUCCAGCUCUUGGCUAGCUGUAUCGAGAAGGGGGACCUGGAUUCCCUAAAGAACUUGCAGUGGGAGCCACCAUCUGAGAACAGCAGCCCAGCUGAGGGGGCGGCCACCCCAAGUCCAAUCCCCCCAAUGGUGUCUUCUGUGAAUAAGGUCAUCCACGUGGCCUUGCCAGACGGUGGCAUAGGGUGUCCGAGUGGCACGAUGCUCGCUUCCACCAGCCUCCUGACCAAGGUCCCCCCAGGGCCACAGGGCCAGCUGAAGCAGGAAGGGCUGUGGGAGACCCCAGGGAUUCUCGGAGACCCCAAGGGGGGCCCAGACCCCGACCUCCAGGUGGCCAUGCAGAACCUCCGUCUAGCCACUGCUGAAGCCCAGAGCCUCCAACACCAAGUGCAAAGCAAACACAAGCCAAAGGGAGCCCCCAUAGCCCAGGAGUCCAUCCAGAAUGGCCAGACGCUGCAGCCCGCCCCCAGGAUCUCCAGGGUGGUGAUGCCUGACAUCCAAGUGACCGCCGUGGCCCGCAGCAAGGUCAGUGCUAGUCAGGAAGCUCCGACAGAAGGGUCGCCCAGGGGGAGGGUGCCCAUUCAGGACGGCAUCUACACAGCCAAGCCUGUGAGGACCUUCAUGCCCUCCUCGGGGGCCUCACCUUCUAAGGGGGAGCUGGAAGCCAUGCCCCAGCCAGGGCCUUUCCUGCUGAGGGCCCCCACCCCCCCGAGAGCUGGGGGCCCCGAGGCAAGCCCAGGACCGGGGAGGGAGGGGACCAGGGGCUGUGUCCAGGCCGCCCUGGAAUCUCUGGGAAAGGCCAAUGUGAACAUAUGCAAAGGAGAUAUCAGAGCAGCUCUCAUUUACCAGGAUGCAGCCCGCAGGGUCUCAGCCCCCAGCCCGAGCCAAGCUGCUGGCCCCAGCCGGCAGGCCCUUAAUGACUCUCCUCCUCCCCCAGCUGCUGUAACUGGACCUGAGCUACCACCCCUAGCUGGCCCCGAAGACAACACUCUUUCCUGUUCCGCAACCCCUCAGAAACCCUAUGCUGGCCUCCUUGGGCCCGCCUCUGGCCAGAGACCCCCAGGGAGAACAGAGGCCGAGCUCCCCAGACAGGAGACAUCAGUGACGGCCACCAGGAAGAAGCCCGCUCUGCCCCCCAAACCUGCCCACCUUGGAGGUCCAGUCCAGAUCAUGCCCCCUCAGCUGUCCCCUAAGCAUCCAGCCCUGCCCACUAGCCCAGUGGGCACCAGCGCUCCAGAGGAGGUCCAGGCCCCGACCCCACCACCCCAGACAAGUGGACACCUCAAUGGGAGGCAGCCCCCCAGCCCGCUCACCUCUGCCUCCAAGACCUCAGAGAGGCAGGCUGUGGUCAGCAGUGUCCAGGCCAUGAACUCCCAGAGGCCUCCAUGCCCCUCAGCUAUGCCCAAGGAUGACCCUGCCCCACUACAGGGGCCAAGGGGGCUACCCAGACAGGAGCCCACGCCAGAGCCCGAGGCCAAAGAGAUCCCCCAAGGACAUGUGCAGGGAGCCAAGGAGAUCUUUGAGAACCUAAAGAAGCAGCAAGAACUGCAGGCCAUCCUGAGCCAGGUGAAAGCCAUAGAGGAAGAGGCUGUGCGUGGGGUGGAUGUGAAGGCCCUUCAGAGCCUCUUUGAGGCUGUCCCUGAGUGGGUGGGGAAAAGGGCCCAGGAGGCUCCCGGGGAGGCUUGUCCUGGGGGAGCCUCGACUCCUGGGCCCAAGGAGGUGUCCUCACUGGAGCUGGCCUUUGGAGACCUGGCCCGGGCCAGUGCCGAGGUGGCCUGCCUGAAGGAGCAGACCCUGGCCCGGCUGCUGGACAUCGAGAAGGCCAUUCGUAAGGCCCUCAGCUCUGUGUCCAGCCUCAAGCCAGAGUCGGACAUCAGGGGGCUCUCUGGCCUCCUCCAGGAGUCCCUGGGAGAUGGGCCUUCAACCCCAGCUCCUAAGGAAAGCAGCAUUGCCAAGGUCGGCAUCAAAUCCAGUAGCAAAGUCAGAUCAGACCAGACGGGGCCAGAGGGCAGGCAGCAAGCUGAGGCCAAGCUCCAGGAUCCCAUCAAGGGGGAACAUCAACCAUCGGCAAAGGCCCAGCCCAGAGGACUGUCAGAGAACCUGAGAACAGAGUUAGGCCUCCCCAGAGUCCUGCCAUCCCGGGUGAAUUCUCCCUCCUCUCCAUCCUUCAUCUCCAUCGAGUCAGCAGCCAGGAAGCCAACGGAGUCUCCCAGCCCUGGGGACAGCCCAGACAUCUCCCACCUGUCUCGGGACAGCACCCCCCCUUUGCCCCAGAGGCACCUGGAAUUGGCCGAUGAACCCCUAGACGGCGUCACGGCAGAUCGAGGUCUCAGGGAGGCGAGGCAGGGCCUCGGUCCAUCAGAGCCCAGCCCUGCGGCCAGUCCCCUGUUCCCCAGGAGGCAGAAAAGUGUCCUAGAGCUGCAGACGGGCCCGCGGGGCUCCCAGUUGUACGGAACGACUAGGACAGUAACGGAGCAAUAUGAGGAAGUGGACCCAUUUGGGAACAAGAUCAUCACAUCUUCCACCACCGUCACCAAGCAGGCGGAUGGCCCUGCGGGCAGGGGCCAUGGCUAUGAGGUGAGCACCUCCCCGCUGCUCCGCCGGUACCUGCAGAACACGUCCAGGGCCAACGGGACCCUGCAGGAAGCCGGCAUGGUGUGUGUGACCUUCGGCAACUCUCGGUCCGCCGCCAAGUGAAGAGAUCGGCAGCCCACCCCAGCAAGGUGCCUCGAUCGUGCCACGGUCCCCAGCGCCCACCUCCCCAGGGACUGGCAUCAGCGUCCGAGAUGGGGAGAGGCCGAAGGCCAGAGAGAAAAGUUCGUUUUUGUGUGCUACUUGGUAUCCUCUUUUCCCUUCUUUCCAGUCUCUUUAACUCUGCUAGAUGGCAGGAGGAGAAGGAUGACCUUUUUUUGCUGUGGUGGGAGAGGUCAGGAAGGCCGCGUGGGGGGCUCUGCGGGCUGAGACUCUCCCUCUGGACACGCACAUCCUUGCCGACAGUCACAAAUCCAGUAUUCCUGGGGACACACACAGACCCAUGAAGAUAUCAAGAGCAGAUUGUGUGAAUGCAUCCCAUGAACCUACCCAAAUGUCCACGCAGUCCUGGGCGCACGCAACCUCGGAGGGGUCCCCCAACACACCCUUGCCUCGAUGUCCUCUCUUUUUCCUCUGCAUUUCCCUCUCGGAGGGAAGGCCCCACUUAACUCCAAGGUCCUAGAGGUCCUCCUUCCCCCAGGAAAAGGGAGUGAGAGGAACGGGAACCCUCCUCAGCUUGGACCUGCCUGCUCUGGGGUCCGGCCCGGUCUGGCUCUCUCUUCAGGCUCCAGGAGGCACGUAGAUGGUGCCCUGACCAUCGGGCCAGUCUUCCCCAGCCCCGAAUCCUCCAAAUCCUCUCCCCACAAUGCUGUUUUCUAACUCUUUAUAAACACGUUUUGUACAUCA